AAGGCUGCUCCACACCGACAUGCAGAGAUGAUUUCUGUUCUCCAGCCUCGAGAAUGUAAAGUGACCAAAAAGCCCCCAGAGAACUACGGGUUCUACCUGCGUAUUGAGGAAGACACAGCAGGGCACCUCAUCCGGAAUGUGAAAAAGAACAGUCCAGCAGAAAAAGCUGGCUUGAAGGAUGGAGACAGAGUCCUCAGGGUUAAUGGUGUGUUUGUAGACAAGGAGGAACAUGCACAGGUAGUGGAGAUUGUCAAAAACAGCGGGAACUCUGUUGUACUUCUUGUUCUGGAUGACAUAUCUUAUCAAAAGGCAGAAAAGGAGGGAGUGAACUUGGAAGAGCUGGGCCAAAAGGUGUCCACAGGACAGCAGCAGGAACGGCAGUGCCCACCACCCAUGGCUAACGGAGCAAUCACUGCAGCUCCGCAACCCCGGCUCUGCUACCUAGUGAAGGAGGAGAAAGGCUAUGGCUUCUCUCUGAAAACCACAGAAGGACAGAGGGGGUUGUUCAUAGUAGAGCUUUCAUCACAAGGAGCAGCUGCAAAGGCUGGUGUCCAAAAUAACGAUCGUCUGAUUGAAAUCAAUGGGAAAAAUGUGGAAAAUGACACACAUGAGGAAGUGGUGGAAAAGGUAAAGAAGUCUGAAAAUCAUGUUAUGUUUCUACUUUCAAAUGAAGAAACAGACCACUAUUACACAAGCCAGAAGAUGGUACUGAGCAAAGAGAAUGCCAGCCUACGAUUGCUUCCCCUCAAACCACGACACAUUGAGAUCCAGAAAGGAGAAAAAGGUUAUGGCUUUUAUCUACGGUUGGAACAAAAUACUGGUGAUCAUGUAAUCAAGGAUGUUGAUUCUGGGAGCCCAGCAGCCAAGGCAGGUCUCAAAGACAAUGACAUCUUAGUAGCCGUCAAUGGCGAGCAAGUGGAUGGUUUGGAUCAUGAAAGCGUAGUGGGCAAAAUUAAGCAGUCUGAGGCAAAAACCACACUGUUGGUAGUGGAUAAGAAGACUGAUGCCAUGUAUAAACUGGUAAGAAAAAGCAAACUACUCCUAAAAACUGAUAGGACUCAGAAAAGGAACCACAAGCCAAGAAUCUGCAAGAUGGUGAAAGGGCCGAGUGGAUUUGGCUUCAGUUUAAACAUGAUCAAAACCAAGCCUGGACUGUUCAUCAAUGAGGUACAAAACCAUGGGCCAGCUGACAGAGCAGGUGUAGAAAAUGACGACUUCUUGGUGGAAGUGAACGGGGUGAAUGUGAUCAAUGAAUCCUAUGACAAAGUGGUGGCAAGAAUCCAAGAUAGUGGUGACAGACUAACACUACUGGUGUGCAGCAAAGAUGCUUACAAAUACUUCCAGAGCCAGAACAUUCCCAUAACAGUCUCUAUGGCAGAUCCAGUGCAUGACAGUUCUGAACUUCCUGCUUACACAGAAAACCAUCCAUCUGAGGCAGAGAGAAACCCACCUGAACCAAGGGAAAGGGUGCGUAAUCCUGCAUUAAGCAGAUGUUGA